AUGAAAAUCGUAGCCACCCCCUAUCAAAACACGGAGAUUAUGGACGAAGAUCUGAUCGAAGCCCUUGGCUACUUUUCCGACGAUGUGCAGAUCCCGAUUGUCAUGUCUACAAAAUUAGAGGGAUCGGACAUCAUAGACUCGUUGUUGCUAUCACUGGAAAUUCAGGAACUGUUUUCUUCGGAUGAAGAGGAAAGAGUCAAGAAGGAGAACGUGUGUACGAAUGUAGCAAUGUCAAAACCUUUCGUCGAGAAAGAGACAAGAGAGCACUUGGUCGUAAAGCCAAAGGAUAGACGACAGAGACCGUUCUCGACAUCAAAGCGGCACAAUCGUAGGCGUCCAAAAGAUGAACUUGCCUACUUGCGAGCAAAGGUGGUGGAGCUCCAGGACAUGUUGGUGACAGUCGGUAAUACAGAAAUGAGUCUCGAUGACAAGAAUACGGCUCUUGCCAUGAUUAAAACGACGUCAGGUCUCUCAAGCUGGAAAGAGACUGCUGAACGCCAAAAGCACGAGGUAGCCAUCUCUCUUAACGAGAAUCGUAAGCUACGCAAUCGACUGCUGGGUCAGCUUCAAGUCACACGUGUGCUCGAAGCUGCCAUUCAACAGUAUCAGACUGACAAAGCGACGUCGAUUCAUGAUCUCCUAACAAGUGCAUUCAUUUGCAAAGUGACACGGCCUCUCGUCAUGAAUGUGGCAGAGGAAGAAAUCUUUGCACACUUGGAUAGCCAGCUCGAGACACAGCUUGCCGAAGUGAACGGAGUCCUCACAACGCAUGGACUAUCGUCUGUGCGGUUCAAGCUUCAAGGCGGCUUCAAAUUCAACCGAGAAGAAAAUGGAAUAUCGUUUCGUCACGAGGAAGCGCGGCUUUUACCGUUCUCGCUGCAGGAACUACACUAUGCGAUCUGGAAUAGUAUGCACAAUGGUUUGGUGGUAAACGACACGGAAACGCAGGUGCUUAACAAUGACCGUUACAACCUUAUUAUACGCGAUACAAUCGAGCUGUCCAAGUCACAUCACGUCACCAUUACAAAGAGAGCUGCUUUUCGUCGCCACAUCGAGCAAGAUUGUGUGGUGUUUGUCUGGUGUAGCUACGUUCAGAUCGAAGGUUCGAUCUCUCUCCGUCUUCUAGAGAAAGGAUGGAGUACUGCAUCAACUUUUGAGCUACAUCGCGGUGUGAUACCGGGCGAUAGCAGUUCAAAAAACUUUACACGAGGGUGUAUCACUCGUAUGGCGAUUCAAUUGAUUCCUGAAAUAUCCAAGUACAAAUCCGAGCAAGAGGCUCAAAUGCAUAUUGGAGGAAUGACCGACCUCAUUGAUGGCGCCUAUCAACACAAUUUUAAUCAAGUGAAUAAAUUUGUGGAAAGACUUCUAACAAAUGAUGAACCCGACGACAAUGACGAAGGCUUUGUACCAGAGUUGUGCGUACACACAUGA